GUAGUUGUACAUGGAGUGGUAGAAAAGUAGGGUGAAAAUAUAAAGCACACGUACUUCAUAAUUGUAUCCAAGGACAAUUGUACUGAGUUAAAAGCGAUCACCAAACUGUCCAGAAAGAGACAUUACCGAGUUGCAGAUAUCACACGCACACACGUGGACGCGCGCGUGCACACACACACACACACACACACACACACACACACACACACACACACACACACACACACACACACACACACACACACACACACACACACAGAAACAUCUGUAUAACCUCGAGCGGCUGCUGCUGUGCUACUGUGCCUUUAAAUAUCCCUUCCAGUCCGUUGCCCCGGUAACCCGGAAGCUUCACGCGCUCCAUGCUCAGCACUGCUCAGAGUCCUUCCUGUUUCAGAAAUUUCAAGGAAGCAGCCGCAACUGGACAGUCGCAGUGUACUGAUGGAUACAUCUCAGUGAUCCUUGGAAGGGGAGGACCCAUGCGCUCUCAUCUUUGUGCUGCCACACCAGUUUUGUACAUACUGUGGUUCACUAUGGCCCAGGUAGCAGGCCAGGAGGACAGAGAGAAAACUACAGCACUUAAAGAUUUGCUGUCACGAAUAGACCUUGAUGAACUGAUGAAGAAAGACGAACCUCCUUUCACUUUCCCCAAAACACUAGAGGAGUUUGAAUAUGCCUUCAAUGAAUAUGGCCAGCUCAGACAUAUAAAAACUGGAGAGCCCUUUGUUUUCAAUGCCAGAGAGGAUCUCCACCGCUGGAACCAAAAACGCUAUGAAGCUCUUGGAGAGAUCAUCACUCAGUAUGUUUAUGAGCUGUUGGAGAAAAAGUGCAACAUGACUAAAGCAAUCCUGCCAGUGGAUGCUACAGAAGAUGAACCCACCACUUUUAUCUACCUGAGCCCAGAUGCCUUGUCAAACCCAUCCAAGCUGCUGGUGCUGAUCCAGGGCAGCGGCGUGGUGCGGGCCGGUCAGUGGGCCCGUAGACUCAUCAUCAACCAGGACCUGGAUUCAGGGACACAAAUCCCCUUCAUCACCAGAGCCAUGGAGGAGGGCUAUGGUGUGUUGGUCCUUAACCCCAAUGAGAACUACCUGGAGGUGGAGAAGCCAGCCAAGUCCUCUCCCCUGCCCUCUCCUCCUGAGCCCUCGGAUGAACCUGCUGAAAAGAGGGAACGCAAAGAUGACAAAGAGGGCAAAAAGAAGAGGGAAUUCUAUGAGAAGUACCGUAACCCACAGAAGGAGACGGAGACCGAACGGACCCCUAUACGUGAGAAUGGUUCCUCCGAGGAACACGUGUUGUACGUGUGGGACCACUUUGUGUCCAGAGCAGCAGCCAAGAAUGUCUUCAUCGUGGCCCACAGCUAUGGGGGGCUGUCUUUCGUUGAGCUGAUGAAUCAGCGGGAAAUGCAGGUGAAGAACAGAGUGUGUGCUGUGGCUCUGACUGACUCGGCUCACAACAUCUGGCUACAGGAGACCAGCAAAGGCACGCAAGACUGGAUGCAGCAGCACUGUUGUAACUGGGUAUCGAGUCCAGAGCCCCUGGACACACCACUGGAUCCCAUGCUUCCAGACUGCCCCCGAGUCUCUGCAGGCACAGAAAGGCACGAGCUGACCUCCUGGCUGAGUUUCAACUCCAUCUUCAGGUUCUUCAGUGAGGUCCUGGAGGUGAAAGAGGACGAGGAGAUGGAGGAGACCUCCAACAUUGUCACCACACGCAGCAGCUCCCUCAAAAGCAAACACCAGGAUUUGUAGAAGACCGACCAAACUGACUUGGAACAAGAGGAGGGGGAGUGGGGUGGCGAGGGAUCAGAGGGGGCAUUUGCCGAAAGGGAGGCUAAGGUUCCAGAUCCUCUCAGCUAUUUUUUUUUCUUUUCCCUCUCUUAACCUUCCUCCAUCUUUCUUUCCACACUCCUCUCCCUGUGUGUCAUUUCUCGCUUCCAGCACUCCCUGGCUCUGCACACAUAUCCUUGUUGUUGAGAGAGACAAGAGUACAGGGUCACCGUGUAUACAUCACAAUAACGUUUUGCAUUACUUCUAGAUGAGCGCAACUGUCAAAGCAAUAUGGGCCUGAGUGUUAGCGCUUCCCGUGGGCUGUGGCCUGGCUGCGGGUACGGGCCACGGCAGCAGAGAUUAAGGCUGACAGGCGCUGUGCACAAUGCGCUGUGGUGCACCUCUAAUUGUCCUGACAUCAGCCUGAACUGAGCUAAUGCCCCGCCUGCCCUCCAGUCUACACUGCUCGCUCUCCCCCCUCCUCUCCCUCCUCUGCUCCCCCGGUCCUAAAGCCUGAGCUGCUUACCCCGAAAUCAGCUCAUGCUGUAUGGUAUCUUCUGCCAAGGCUCGAUAUUAUUUCAACCUAAUCAGUUUCCAUCUUCUUCCCUUUUUUUUUUUUCCGUCUAAGCCUUUACUCACCGCAAAUGUUUUUUAUCGAGAGUGAACACACACUCUCAACUGGUGACCAUUUGUUUUGUUUUGUUUUAACAAAGGGUGUUGUUUUCAUGACUUCUUGAUUCUGCACAUGCAGUCGGAAUUUUUUUCUCAUUCAGCUUUGUGUAAAAUGUGGUUCUAACCCGUGCCAUAUAUUUCUGGGGAUUGCAGUGCUUAUAAUAAUUGAUAUGUUUGGGUUUUUUUUUUUUUUUAUUUCUCAACUUUGAGCUAAAUUUGAAUGCAAUGCCUCUCACACACAUUCACACUAUUUGAUUUUUAAUAUAAGCCAAUACUUCUCUGAGCUGUAAGUGUUUAGUUUAGAAUACCUAUAAAGCUGUGGAGAGUUCAUCUCUCUGUUUAUUAUAAACAUACUGUAUAUCUUUUCUUCUUUUUCUUUUUUUUUCUUUUUUUUUUUUUUUUUUCUCAAUUUGAUAUCCUUGAAAUUGAUGCCUCUGGAUGAUUGAAGGUGAUGAAACAAAUAAAACAAACACAACCUGUGCUGAAUAUGGAAAAUUCGGGACACUGAGCAAAUUUAAAAUUACUUAAAGUCAGGCAUCAGAAUGGGUUUGAGGGAUAUCUCAUUUUAACAGGAGCCAGAAGUCAGCUCACAACACUCAUAAAGCCCCAAUAUAUCGCCUUACACAUGUCAGGAAAUCCAAGAUUUCAAUAUUAUUCUAAGCCUGAAUGAUAUUUCCUAAGAUGUUGGAGAAAUGUAACACAUCCAUUCUUCCCCCUCCUCCAGAGUACUACUCUUCUUGUGUACUUAGAAGUGACAAAGUCCGCUCCCUGCUCAGCUGCACAUAAUCUGACUACGUGACACAAACAUGAUAAAAAUUUUCCACAAGGCUGGUGUGUUUUAUAAACCACUCAAGGCUUAAUGGAAGACGCUUCUAAUGUGUCGUGACAUUAGUAAAAAACUCAAACCGGAUACUAAAUCUUAUGAUACCUUAGACACAUUCUCAAAUAUAUACUUUCCUUUCUCUUUUUUUUCUCACUUUAAAUAGAUCCCAUUGUUUAACUUCUACACUGUGAAAUCCUGCCUCUCCUGCCUACUGUGUGUAUGGUUUAAGGCUUUUGUGGAUUAUCUUCUCGGCUGUAAUGAGACAACUGUGGCUGAUGGUUGCAGGCCUAAUUUCCUUUUAAUUUGAUUCAGAUCUCUUCAGGUUUCAGCAAAGAAGUUGGCUUAUUAUUUGAUUUGAUGAGUUUCGUUUCCAGAUACCAUUGCUCAUCUUUCCGCUUUUCAGCCACAAUCAGUUCAUUUUUCUCUCCAUAAUUUGUAUAUUGUUGCCUUAGGAAUAAACAAGACUCUGUUCACUGUUUUUUAAUAAUAUCCAGCAAGCCAUAUGUGAAUGGAACUAAAGAUGUAAGAGCAGCCUAAAUCCAAAGCACAGUCUGCAUAUAAAAGGGGACUAAUUUUGCCAAUUGCUCUUGUUGACAUUAUUUUUUAUUUUAUUUUAUUUUUUCGCAGACGGUUUAUAUGUUGUAUUGGUUUAAGGAACACGCCUAUUUUGUUUUAUGGCAGUGUAAGCGUUUGGAUUUUAUGAAACCACGAGUGUCCUGCCAGGUCACAUAUUUUUUUUUUCUUAUAUUCAAAUGUUUGCCUCAUUCUCUUUUGAUCCAGUUUGGUUUUAAACGACUGUCUUUGAAAAAGUGAUUUUACAGUCUCUGCAACACAUUAAUUCCUGUACUUUUACAUGAUUGAAUUUUGUGGGGGGUGAUUAACCUAUUAAACCUGUCUGAUGAAAAAAAAAAAAAAAAAAACACAAAACAAAAAAAAAAAA